AUGGAAGAGGUUUUCCUAAUUUUAUUCAUAAUCAGUGGACUUAUCAUUGUUUGGGUUCGCCCAAUAAGGAAUACCAUGAUUGCUUGGAAAGAAUACAAACGAAAGUGGCUGAUUUAUUGAAUGAGUUUAGGAAUUUUGACUUUCCUUGAAAGAAAUUUAUACCCAAACUUAGCUCGAAGUUUUGGAUAUUAUUUUAUUAGAACAAUAGGUUUAUUUUAUAUUUCUGAGCCUGUAUUAUUAAAUGACAUAAAAAAAGGCUUUGAAAAGAUAAAAUCAGGUGGCAGAGACAAUAAAGGUUUAAGCACAUCUAUUGAUAAAAUCUCAGAAGCCAAAAGUAUAAAAGAACUUGAAAUCUUAUUAGAAACCAAUAUUCCUAUAAGUCUAGGUGAAGCUGGAAUUCAUCCAUGGGCCACAAAUCCAACAACAAUGAGUUCUUUGACAGCUAUGAGGAUUGGCAUGAUUGCUUCAGAAAAUAAAUUUACUGAAGAAGACUAUAAAGAGAUCAUUAAAAGCAAAAUUUUAGAUAUCUUAUUAGACGGAGUCAAAACUAUCGAUCCAGCACAAAUUGAUAAUUGCCUACUAGCUUUGUCGUUUCUAUCAGAAAAAAACAAAAAAAUUCGGAAGCAUCUAUUAAGAAAAUAUGCAUUUGAUGAUUUGAGAAAAUGCAUUUAUGAUGCCAAAACGAUAAGAGCUUCUACAGCAGCAAGAAUAUGCAGGAAUAUUUAUUUUAAAAAUUUUGCUGCACAAAGAGAAUUUAUAGCGAAAGGAUAUAUUGAGGCUUUAAUGAGAUUAAUUAAAAAAUGCGAGUCAGAUCCGACAGGAACUUUGGAAAUAUUGCAAGGAAUGAUGGAUUUAAUUUUGGUAAUAUUUAUUUAGCUUAACGAAGAUAAGAUGAAUACACAAUCUAUACAUUUAUUGAGAAAUAUGGGGCUAAUAAAUAUUUUACAAGAAAUAGAUGCAAAGCACGGCUCAAGAAAUGAAGUCAAAAUUGCUUUAUCUAUGCUUACUCCCCCCUCCAUGAGAGAACAAAACCAUUAAAAAUCCCUAUUUUUUGCCCAAAAAAACCCACCCUUCGUGAGCGAACAGAUAAUUUUUUUAAUAUAACAAUUUUUUAAGGAAAAAAAUUUUUAUAUAUAAAUGAUAAUUAGUAUAAUGAAAUAUCUAACUAAUUCUGUUUAGUUUUAAACAAAUCAUUUUAAAACAUAAAUUUUACAAAUUUCGAAAAAAAAUUUUACUAUAAACUUUAUAUUUAAUUUGUUUUCAAAAACAAAAUUAACCCCUCUCCUGAGCGAACAAUUUUUUUUGUUCGCUCACGGAGGGGGAGUUAGGACAAUUCUUACAUCAGUUUAA